CUUGCGAAGGUUGCAGGUUGACUAACACGCGCAGCUGCAAUAGGGACGAGCACGACAGGGCGAGAGAGACGCAGCGGCGGACAGACAGUGUCUGUAUUGGGCAAAAGAGCAAGAGGCUCAAAGACUGCUGCGUGGCGGGGUAAGGAAGGAUGGUGAGCCAGAGAUCUACUCGCGCGUCAAGGCGAGCAGGAAGCGUCAGCACCAACGGAGGAAAUGAUGUGGGCAUGGACGAUGUAGCCACAACCACGAGUGGACGCUCGCCGGAUGUGGAUCUUGGAGGAGAUGAUGGUAGAGAAACGAAUGCUCCUCCAACGCAGCCCGGAUCGAGCUACGAACCUCGAUCGGGCGACGACCAUGUGAAGAUCAUGCUUGCGACAGACAAUCACAUCGGCUACAUGGAAAGAGACCCUGUGCGGGGACAAGACUCGAUCAAUACAUUCCGCGAGAUCCUACAGCUGGCAGUGGAACAUGAUGUGGACUUUAUCCUCCUGGGAGGUGACCUCUUCCAUGAGAACAAGCCUUCACGCACCACGCUGCACCAGGUCAUGGGCCUUCUCCGCGAAUACACUCUGGGGGACAAACCAAUCUCUAUCGAGCUCCUCAGCGACCCCAGCGACGGCGCGGCUGAGGGGUAUACAUUCCCUGCGGUAAACUACGAAGACCAGAACCUCAAUGUAGCGAUCCCCGUCUUCUCGAUCCACGGCAAUCACGAUGAUCCACAAGGGGUCGGCGUCGAGGGCGCCCUCUCUGCCUUGGACCUUCUCUCCGUCACGGGCCUGGUCAAUUACUUUGGCAAGGUCGAGCUCCCGUCGUCCGACGCCCUGGCCUCGCGAUCCUCCAAGGCAGCCCCGCCCGCUGGUGGCCUCUCUGACGACGGUAUUCGCAUACGACCCGUGCUCCUGCAGAAGGGCGAUACCAAGAUUGCCCUCUAUGGCAUGGGUAACAUCAAAGACGAGAGGAUGCACUACGAGCUCCGGGCCAAUCGCGUGAGGAUGUACCGUCCGAGGGAGGAUCCUGACGAUUGGUUCAAUAUUUUGACCAUUCACCAAAAUCGAGCUGCACAUGACCCGAAAGCCAUGGUACCGGAGUCUAUGUUCGACGACAGUGUUCACCUCGUCGUCUGGGGACACGAGCACGAGCAGCUCAUUGUCCCUCAGCCGGUGGCUGGGAAAAGGUACCGCAUCUCGCAGCCCGGAAGCAGUGUUGCCACAAGCCUCUGCCCAGGCGAAGCAGCCGAAAAACAAGUGGCGAUCAUCCACGUUGAGAAAAGAGACUACAUGGUGGAGCCCAUCACUCUCAAGACAGUCCGGCCCUUUAUCAUGGACGACAUCGAUCUCGAUGACGAGCUCGAGGCUGCAGGCCUGACGAUUGACGACAAGCUGGCCGUGGGCAAGCUGCUCAAGACCAAGAUUCAGGAUCUGAUUGGGCGCAUUGAUGAGGAAUGGGACAUCAAGCACGCAGAAACGCCAGAGCAGGAGAGACCCGAGAAGAUGCUGCCGCUGAUCCGUCUGCGGGUGCAGUACACCCGCCACGAGAUGGGCAACCUCGUCAGAUUCGGCCAGGACUUUGUGGGCAAAGUGGCCAAUCCAAAGGAUCUUCUCCAGUUCUCGAAGAAAAAGACGACGACGAAGAAGAAAGACAAGAGCCAGAAGGGCGAAGACUUUGUCGAGCCGACGGAAGACAUGGUGCCCUCUGAGCGGCUGGAGCGCGUCAAGAUGUCGGACCUUGUCCAGGACUAUCUGGGCAGCCAGCGUCUGCAGAUUCUCAACCCACAUGGCCUGGAGCGCGCCAUCAUGAACUUUGUCGACAAGGACGACAAAGAGGCCAUUGGCCACUUCGUGGAAAAAGUCAUGCGGAGCACGAGAAAGGGCCUGGUCGAGAUUGGGCCCGAUGAGAGGCAGCUCGACUCGGAGUUGGACAAAAUCAGGGAGGAACAGCAGAGAGCAGCUGGACCUGCUGCGAACGAGGGGGACGAGGAAGAUGGGGAAGAGGACGGGAGUAGGUCAAAGGGCCGCAAGAAUGGGAAGUCAACGGUGACCCGAGGAGCAGGGGUCGACUCAGACGAUAGCAUGCUGGACGAUGCCCUAGCCGACGGCGAUAUCGGUGGAAUUGGUCUGAGUGAAGAGGACGAUGACGAUGAUGAUGACCCAUCGGCUAGGCGUGCACAAGCCUCGACUUCACGGCGGGGCGGCGGAGGUGCUAAAUCGGCACCGCCUGCUCGUGGAAAGGGAAGGGGAGGAAGCAUGAAGACUUCGAAGCAGACGUUCUUAGGCCAAAAUGACGACGAUGACGAAGAGGAAGAGGACGAAGACGAGGCACCUCCGCCCAAGUCGAGUCGAGCGGCGGCACUGAGCAGCAAUGUAGGAGGUAAGAAGAGGGCGCCGGCCAAGACCACUACAAGAAAGACGGCCCCAUUGCCAAAGGCAAGUAGCACGACGCGAGGACGGGCAGCGGCAAAGAAUGCGCGAAGCAAGCUAGUCGAGAGCCAGGCCGUCGAGGAUGACGAGGAGGAGGAAGACGAGAUUCAGUCGUACGCCAUCAGCGACGAUGACGACUUCGAGGUGCCACCGACGAGACAGACACAGACGCAGACCAGGAAGAGGCCCAUUGGUCGCAAUCAAUUCUGAGACCCCUGCUCUUGAGGACAAUGAGAUGGGCAACCACAUAUACACACACAUACACUUGUACAGUACUUCUAUUCAGCGGCAGUAUACGAACAGAGAGAUCAGUCGUGAGA